UUUCAUUUACCAUUCUGACAGGGCUUCACUGGGUCGUGCAUCGAUGAAGAAAAUCAACUCCCGUAUACGAGCAGAGGGAAGCAGAUCCACCUCUCCACCUCCAUCAAAAUCCACCACGCCCAGUUGUACCUUGGAGGAUUCGACAAAUGAUGACACAAAAACCGACAACAUCACACCCUCCACUACCAUUACAAUAUCACCAAAUGGGGCUUCUACUGUUACUAUCAAUACUCCCUCUGUCAAUAAUAAUAUAAACAAUAAUAAUGUGAGCAAUACCCCAUGCAAUAAUGAGACACUUGAAGAGGAGGAAGAGGAGUGUCCCACACCACCCCUUCGCUCGUCCCAUCCAGUUCCACCAUUAAGAGGGGCAGUACGACGACAGCUGCCUUGGAGCCAGAGUGUGGAGUUAGUUGAGACUCCUGUUGAUGAUGAAGAGGAAGAUGAUGACAUACAUGCUCAUGCAAGAACACGCCGGGCUCACUCUUACAAUGACUAUGAGAACUAUUUUUAUAUUUAGUCUUUCUUUUAGUCACAAUGGAAACUGAAGUUAAUUCUUUUAUAGUCAAAAGUAGAGAAGUUACAGAAACAGCCAUAAUUUUGCUACUAUAUAUUCUUGUUAUGGAAGUUGACUGAAUCAAACUCAUUUGAAA